CCCGCCUAUUCGCUCUUCCGCUUCCACAGGAAACCAGACGGCCAUGGGUAUCCAGAAGCGAACGCGCAAGUUCGCUCAGAUGAAAAGAGUGAUUGGUAGCCGUGAUAGCCGAUUAAAGCAGAACCAGGCAAAGGCCCCGCAGAAGGGAACGGACGAGAAGAAGAAGAAAGACGACCUCGUCCGCGAAAUCCCCCAAGUCUCCUCCGCCCUCUUCUUCCAAUACAACACGGCCCUCACGCCCCCCUACUCCAUCCUCGUCGACACAAACUUCCUCUCGCACACGGUGCAGCACAAGCUCGACGUCAUCCCGACGAUGAUGGACUGCCUGUACGCCAAAUGCAUCCCCCUCGUGACGGACUGCGUGCUGGCGGAGUUGGAGAAGCUGGGCCCCAAGUACCGCAUCGCGCUGCGCAUCGCGAAGGAUCCGCGCUUCGAGAGGCUGAAGUGUGACCAUAAGGGCACGUAUGCGGACGAUUGUCUGGUUGAUCGCGUCAUUAAGCACCGGGUUUACAUCGUGGCGACGAAUGAUAGGGAUUUGAAGCGGAGGAUUCGGAAAAUCCCUGGUGUGCCGAUUAUGAGCGUCGCGCGGGCGAAAUAUGUUAUUGAGCGGCUUCCUGAUGCCCCUGAGAAAUGAGUACCAUGCCUCACGACUCCCCUUCUACAAAGUAUCCGCGCUGUGGGAGACUGGGCAUAUCUCAGAUGUCUUGGGCAGAGGAAUUCAGAAUUUACCUUUCCAACUCCUCUAUGAGGUUGGUGCAGGGCCGACUGGCCAGCGAUUUGUGUGUGUUUUUAAAAAGACAAAGGGGCAAAACUGCCUCAAAUCAGCAGAAGGGCGAACGAUGGAUGUCCUGAGCCCUACGUGGACUGCGAAACUUGUUUUUUUUUUCUCU